CGAAUCUUUUUGAGUCACGAUAUUCUAACUAAACGCAUAAUAGUAAUCGAUAUGCACGAAGAGAAUGGUCUUGCAGUUGUAAAGGAAAAGAUAAGUAGUAAGAAGUGUUGUGUUGUUGGGCUGGACGAUAAAGAGGACUGGGAAGAACUUGGAGCAUCACGGAGAAUGCUUAAACAUAAAAUUGAAGCUGAUGCAGAAGUAUUCUUCAAGAACAUGAAGGAAUCACUUUCUCCAAGUGAUCUUGCAAAAGCAAAGAAUUGGCAACAUGAACAAAGUUCGAAUGCAAUCUAUUUGAAUCAUCGUCCAGCUGAUGCUUCUGGAAAUCCUGUCAGCCUUCAACAUCAUAUCUUUGCGACUUUCCUCGAUGCCUGUGAGACAAUAACACCAGAAGAUGUUGACUAUGCCUUUGUUGGGGCAGCAGCUGAAUCAAUGUCAAUGGUACAUGCCAAUGAAGACGCAAGAGAGAGGCAUUCGAGACGUUGUAUCGAGAUCACUACAAUAUCAGCCUUAACCAGUACACAAACAGGAAGAUAA